AUGAACCAGAGUGUAUGCAUGUCCUUGUUUCAGAAAAGAGAAUGGCUGCUGUUGGCCAAAGGGGAACCGCCGAGCCGAGGCCACAGCCUGAGAGAGGCUGCCACCACCUUCUAUGUGAUCAUGCCAUCACGCUCCCCCACUCUGCUGGUAAAGGCAGUGGCCACGCGGGAACUGAUGCUGCCCAGCCCCUUCCCCCUGCUGCCUGAGAACCCGCCUGAUGACAGCCUUAAGAUUGUGGAGAGCUUGCUGGACGGCCUGGAGCUAGAGCCCACCUACAACCCCUUGCAGGUUUGGAGUCACCUGUACUCACACCUGAGCAGGACCUUGGCCAAGCCCCAGAGCCGACUCCACCCAAGCUGGGAGAGCCGGGCCCUGAGAAAGCAUCCCUGCGAGCCUGGGCAGCUGCAGACAAAUCGAGUUCGAGCCACAGUGGCCCCUCUACGUAUGACUUCAGCCCCUGGCAGAGCCCCCAAGAUACCAGCGGCCAGCAAAGCCUCCACAGAAGCCUUCUUGCAGCUUUCUGAGGAGGAGGGAACGGAGGGGGAGGAGGAGGAUCCCUCAGGGCCUUAACACAGACCUUGGCUGCCCUGCUCAACCACAUCCACGCUAGGGCUCAUGUGCCGGUGUUCUGAGGUCAGACUUGCCUUCCACCCACCUGAGCCUCUGUGAGCUCCAGGUGACUGAGAAACUGCCUUCCCCUCUGUUCUCAGUGCUGCCCCCACCCCACUCCUCAGCCUGGGAGGGCACACCCACGCCUCCUGCUUCUCCAAGUGGAGACUCAUUUUCUUUUUUUUCUUUUUUUUUGUCGUUUUCUUUUGGGUCAUUUGAUUCUGUUAACACAGAUGAAGAUUAAAUACUCAGUAAACCAACACCAUUGUUAGGAGCAUUUCAGGCCCCGAAUUUCUCCUUGUAGCUGUGUAAGCAGGUGGAUAUCAGAUCAUCUUCGGGAAGUGGCCUCAGAAGACAAGGAUGAGGCUUUCAAAGCUCGUGGAAAACAAGCAGGAUUGAAACCCAAGCAUGAUUUUGUAGCCUGUGCCCCUUCCGCUACACCUACCCCAUUGUAGUGCCCUUUAGGCUCCAAACAUAAAAGUGGUUGGUACUCAGUACCUACAUGCAAAGUGUGUAUGGAUGGGAUGGGUGGCGGAGAAGGUGUGAAAAAGAUCUAUUCCUUUCCUAUUCCCUCUCCUCACACCUGUCCACCUUCCCAUCUGCCCUCUCCAUCCACAGAAUAACUCUAAAAUGUUUACCUUCUCUGUACUUCAAAUUGCACUCAGUACUUGAGAAAUUUAACUCCUUCCAUAUAACAACCCCAUGAAGUAGAAACUCUUCAGUUUUCCCAGUUUACAAAGGAGCAGCAGGGGUAACUAAGGGUUGCAGGUGUUAUCAAACUCACCCAGGGUCACAGAGAUGGGGUCAAGCACAGAUGGGCUAGGGACCACCCAACAC